AUGUCCUCAACAGGCAAUCUCGACUCCUUCGUGAAGUCCUCUAAGCCCCCACCCGCGCCCACCGCGACCUCGCAGGAGAUUCGCGACCGCGCCUCCCUCUUCGUCGGCACCAUCUUCCCCGCGAGCACCCCGGAGGAUGCUCGCCGUGCGGUAAACCACCUCAAGCACGUCGUGCAUCGCGCGCGGCCCGCCACGCACGAGAUUGCGGCCUGGCGGUGCAUGGUGCUCAAGCCGGGCAAGAGCGGCUUAGGCGGGCCUGAUGACUUCGAGGUCGUCAGCGGCGCCGACGACGACGGAGAGACGCACGCCGGGGGAAGGGUGCUCAAAGUCAUACAGGCCGAAAGCGUCAUCGACGCUGUUGUCGUUGUUAGUCGCUGGUAUGGGGGCGAGAUGCUCGGCCCUGUGAGGUUCGAACAUAUCGAGACGUGCGCGCGGGAGGUGUGCCGCACGUUCCGGCUGAAGGACGAUAUGGUGACGUGUGUCGCGACUCUCACGUCCCUAGAUGACAUAUUGGCCUCCCUCCGCGCGGAAUUGGCGUCAGUCACAGCCCGCAAGACUUCCUCUGAGCCGACGUCCAGCCAGUCGGCUGCAAAGAGGUCUACGGCCAAGCCUUAUGCCACUCUAGAGGAAUCGCUUGAUAUCGCCAAGGCAAAGCGUCUUAUCACCGCUCGGGAGAAUUCUAUAAAGAGCGUCAAACAAGCACUCAAGAAGGCCCGCGAAAGGGAACCUGAACAAGGGUAG